CAUUGGCAAUAAACGGGUGUCCGGUGCGAGCGUGAGGUCCUAGCGACAGGACGCAGGUAUUUACGACGCAAUUUGACGUGGACCGUCACCACAGCAAUGGCGGAUGCUUUAGGGGAAGUGCUUCAAGGCAGUUGGGAUGAGGAUCUGGCUGUUGCUCUUGACUUCGCAGGCUGUGAUCUGGACGCUGACCAGGAUGAUGUCAUCCAGGUCCGAAACCUACCCCCACCACAACGGGCAGAGUUAUGGAUGAUUGCUUUGAACGUGUCUGGUAAAGGAGACAGUCUUUCCUCAUGGGAUGGGGCUUUGGACCUACCAGAACAGACACUCAUUCACAGUCGCAGUCAACAGAUCAUUGAUCAGCUGGGGGUACCAGUGGAGGAAGGGCGGGACCUGGUAUCAGAUGUGGAGUCAGUUAUGACCUUCUACUGCAAGUCCAGAAAUGUCACCUUCUCUCCAGAUCUUAGCUGGCCACACCUUCUCAAACCACUCCUGGGCUUACAGCUACCCCGCAGAGACCUCUACAACUGCUUCUAUGCAGUCAUGAAUAAAUACAUCCCACGAGACUGUGUGGUAAAAGGACGGCCAUUUCACCUUUUCAGACUCCUGCUGCAGUACCAUGAGCCUGAACUCUGCUCAUUCCUGGACACAAAAAAGAUCACUCCUGAUUCCUAUGCCAUAAACUGGCUGGGCAGUCUCUUUUCUAGCCACUGUCUCCCUGAGGUCACACAGGCCUUGUGGGACAUAUACCUCCAACAAGCCGACCCUUUUCUCAUCUUCUUUUUGAUGCUCAUCAUCCUCGUCAAUGCCAAAGACAACAUUCUCUCUCAAGCAGGAGACAGUAAAGAGAAGAUAAUCAAAAUGCUGGAGCAGUCGCCGUCAUUACUAGAGGCAGAGGACAUUGAAGACUUGUUCUCUUUGGCACAGUAUUACAAUAGCAAAACACCUCUUUCUCUUAGAAAGGAGAACCAUAAUCUGUUUGGCAGUAGUCUGGUGGCCCUAAAGGAAGAGGACAUGGACCUGAGUCAGGCGCUCUGUAUGCCUGUAUCUGUCCCUGAGAUCCUUCAAGCCAACCAGCUACAACCAGAGGGUGUGAGGUUUUUUGUUGUUGACUGUCGUCCUGCAGAGCAGUACAAUGCUGGUCACCUCUCCACUGCCUUUCACUUGGACUCUGACUUGAUGCUCCACAACCCUUCUGAGUUUGCCCUGUCAGUGAAGUCUCUUCUGGAGGCACAGAAGCAGUCUCUGGAGUCAGGCUCUGUGGCCAGCGGAGAGCAUCUGUGCUUCAUGGGCAGUGGACGUGAAGAGGAGGACAUGUACAUGAACAUGGUGCUCGCCCACUUUUUACAGAAAAACAAAGAGUAUGUGAGCAUAGCAAAAGGCGGCUUCAUGGCAUUGCAGCAGCACUUGGCAGAUAUAAAUGUUGAGGGUCCAGAUAAUGUUUAUGUUCACUGGAUUGUGAGCACCUCAGGAACCCACUGCAGCCUCAGCUCAGUAGAUGGGGACUUGAGCACCGAUGGCAAAGGAGUUAAAUCACUUGUCAACAAAAUGACCUUUGCACUUAAGUCAAAGUCAGUAAAUGUAAAAGAAAAGGUGAUCAACUUCAUUGAGAACACUUCCACGCCUGUGGAACGAAUAUCUUUCAAUCUGCCCUGGCCAGACAAGGGGAUACUGGAGCGGCAUGUGAGCAGCAGUGAUCGGGUGGGGAAGCCGUACAGGGGUGUGAAGCCUGUCUUCAGCAUCGGUGAUGAGGAAGAGUAUGACACAGACGAGAUUGACAGUUCAUCAAUAUCAGAUGAUGACAGGAAAGAGAUUGUCAAUAUUCAGACUUGGAUAAACAAACCAGAUGUGAAGCACCAUAUUCCAUGCAAUGAGGUUAAGGAGACUGGACACAUGUUCCCAAGCCAUCUCCUGAUCUCUGCAACACACAUGUACUGUUUGAGGGAGAUCGCUGCCCGUAAAGGUUUUGCUUACAUCCAGUCCAGGCAGGCACUUAACUCUGUGGUGAAGAUCACCUCUAAGAAGAAGCAUCCAGAGCUCAUCACUUUUAAGUUUGGCAACAAUAAUGCUGCAGGAGUGGAGAUAGUGGCUGUGGAGAGGUAUUUAAUACCGAAUGCGGGUGAUGCCACUAAAGUCAUCAAACAGCAAAUCAUGAAAGUUCUGGAUGCUAUAGAGAGCUCUUAGUUACAGAGACAUCAGAGAGGCUUCACUCUAGUCAUCCAGCGACGACCACAGCUCCAGCCUGAAGGGAAAGGAGGGAGCAAAGCAUUCCCACACUCUGUUUCUUCGACAUUGUCACACCACCUCCUCCCGGGGCAACACUGACGUGAAGAACUUGAGCGCUUUCAUGACUCUUUGGGUGCGUUGCUAUAGUGAUUGACAGGAAUUGUAAAACUUCAGGCAAGGAGAUGUGAAUACGAACCUACGUUAGAAAUUGUUAUUUUGUUCAUUUUGCUUUUGUUAUCAUUUCUGUUUUGAGAAACUGACUGAAUUAAGCAAGUUUGAUUUAUUAUCUCUCCUUUAUCUGUCUCUAGCCUUAAUGAUAAACUAUUGCUUUUUGUAUGAGACUCAAACAGGGCCUCUGGAUGAGAAAACAGGAUUGGAAACUCAAAGACAACUCAUUGCUCUUUAAUUUCUUUAAUGGAUGAGGUCAAAAGUUCUUUAGCCAUUUGAAAAUGUAAACAUCAUAUAUUGCUGCACACUUGUAUAACAGAGAAUAGUUUGACACAUAUUUAUCAGAGCAGUGUUUUUACAGCAAAACUAUUUGGAGCCAGAGUUGGCAUUGACGAUGUGAAUAUGUGCUUAAUUUUCAUAUUGGGGAAAGAACGCUUCCCUAUGGUAUAUAAUGUUGCUUGAGGCUGCACACAAGUGAUCUACACAUACUUCCACACAACUCUGCUGCUCUUUGUACAAAUUCACUAGAUUGACCUUUUCAAACCAGAAAAAAUUAUAACCUUUUGUUAAGUCACCUGUCAAAUUCUGAUUCCAUUGAAUUAUUUUGUGAUUACAGCCUUAAAGAUAAAAGGGAACAGGUCAAGAGAAAGUCAAUAUACACUUACAGUAAAACUAGACUUCUCUCUGUAUGUCAUGGCCAAGUUUACCAGAGAAUGUAUAGAGGAAAAAUAAGUUUUCAGCUGCCAAUAAUUGAGUACAUUAAGUGGACUAGCUUCUAUUGAGGGUAAAAUUCAGUAAUAGAAAUAUUGUAUUAUGUAGUGAUUCUGACGCACUGAAGAAAGACUGGAUUCAUAAGCCAAUUUUCAUCUAAAUCAAAUAAAGGCAUACAUAAACCAUCUACCAGUAUCAAUCAUAACAGUAUAUCUUAACAAUGCUAAAAUGAAUGUAAGGAACACUUAAGGUGACAUUAAAUAUGCACUGUCGAAUUAUAGCUUACACUGACAGUGGCCUGAAUGCUGCAUCAUUCAAACAGAGAAGUUUUCAAUAACCAAUGCCAUUGUAGAAAUUCACUGCACAGUAAGCCAGGAUUCAUUUAACCCAUUAAUGAAAGUGUCCAAUAACAGGACAAAUGCUGAGAUAUAGCAAGUAGGAUUCAGCUGGUGAUGUGAUGCUUGCAUGGCUGCCCCCAUGUGGCACCCCUUCCCCAUGUAGAAUAAAAGGGAUUUUAUAAGGUUAUAACUAAUAUGACUGAACUCUUUAUCUCACAUGAGUGAUCGUGAUUUUAUACAUAUGUUUCAAAAUAUAUACUCAUUUCUUUAAAUUAGGAAACAAAUUACUGUGUGCACCUUUAAAACCUGGGGAGAGAGAUAUCUGGUCCCUCUCUGUGAGGGAAAAAGUCCUGCCAGUUUGUCACACUAUGCAAAAAAGCUUAUAAGCGUUCUUUGCAUUAAAAAGUAAUAGGACCUUGUCUCAAUGCUCAAAAAUGUUUUAGUUUAUUUUCUGUUUAAACUACAGAAUACUAUUGAUAAAAUCUGUUUUAAUAAAUUAAAAUGAGGUCCACUAUGUCUCAA